UUGUUUUUCUGUCACCAGCGGAUGACAGAAAAUUUCCCAGUGGCGGACACUUCCGGGUUGCUAACUCAGUUACUAACCGAAGGAUUUUUGACAAUGACGAGGCUUAAAUAGCUGAAAUAAACGCUCAAACAUGCGUAGUCUAGUUUUAACAAUCGUUUUUGCUACUUGCUGGAUAGACGGGGCAAUAAAACCAAGAACUUACUCGGAUGAGAAGGAAAAACAGAGUCCCGAGUUUGACGCUCUGAAUUCCAUCCUAUCCGACUAUGAAGUGUUGCCUUUUUCGGGCUUACAGCAGCAUUCUGUGAGGAAAAGAGAUGUUCAAACCCAUUCCCACCUGGAGCGCCUGGUUAGCUUCAGAGCCUUGAACAGAGACUUCCAGCUGUAUCUGACCACAAACACAGACCUGUUUACAGAAAAGUUUAAGGCCGUGAUUGUCGAUAAACAUGGAAAUGAGAAGAACUUUGACGUUCCGCUUCAGAACUUUUUUACUGGACAUGUCGUCGGAGAGGAGAAUUCUCGUGUGCAGGCGCACAUAGAUGCAGAUGAGUUUUCUGCUCACAUUCUGACAAAUGAAGAUGAAUACAACAUUGAGCCUCUGUGGAGGUUCACAGAGUCUCCAAAGGAUGACAGAUUGCUGUUUUAUCGCUCAGACGACAUUAAGAACCUGAGCCGCAUCGCGUCUCCAAAGGUUUGUGGUUACGUCAAGGCCGAGGACAAUGACCUUCUUCCUCACAGCAGCAGGAGAAGCUGGGAAGAUCAGGAUGAACACCAUCACAGAGAGAAGAGACAAGCCCACGACCAUAAAAAGAACACCUGCCCUUUGUUGCUUGUGGCGGACUACCGCUUCCAUCAGCAGAUGGGGCGGGGACAAGAGAGCGUGACCAUCAACUACCUGAUUGAGCUGAUCGAUCGCGUGGAUGAUAUUUAUAGGAACACCACCUGGGAUGAAGAAUACAUAGACUACGGAGUCCAGAUUAACCAGAUAAUCAUCAAUAAGGAGCCAACAAAACCUCCCCCUGGCAGAGCAAGCAGUCGGUGGGUCCACUACAACAUGAAGGAUAGUCCUGAUGGUGGAAGGGAGGUCUGGGAUGUGAAGAAACUUCUGGAGCAAUUUAGCUCAGACAUAGCUGACAACGCCUCGGCUGUGUGUCUGGCGCAUCUAUUCACCUACCAGGAUUUUGAUGAAGGGACUCUAGGAUUGGCGUACGUCGCUCCGUCCAAACCUCAAGCUUUAGGGGGUCUCUGCUCAAGACCCUAUUACCCAUCUGCUUCAUCCAAGAAGGCCAGUUAUCUCAACACGGGCCUGACCAGCACCAAGAACUACGGCAAAACCAUCCUCACAAAGGAGGCAGAUUUAGUCACCACUCAUGAAUUGGGUCACAACUUCGGAGCUGAACACGACCCCGAUAACAUCCCUUACUGUGCUCCCAGUGACAAUGAGGGGGGGAAAUUUGUGAUGUACCCCAUCGCUGUGAGCGGAGACCAUGUCAACAACAAGCGCUUCUCUAACUGCAGCAAGAUCUCAGUCGGGAAGACGCUGCGCUCUAAGGCUCCCUUGUGCUUCAAGGAGAGGAACAGCAAAGUCUGUGGCAACUCCCGAGUGGAGGAAGGGGAGCAGUGCGACCCCGGCCUGCUCAAUCUCAACAAGGACCCCUGCUGCACUCCUGACUGCCAGUUCAAACCCACCGCCAAAUGCAGUGACACAAACAGUCUGUGCUGUAAGAACUGCCAGUUCAAGGCGCGAGGGGAAAGAUGCCAGGAGCCCAUUAAUGCCACCUGCAAGGGCAUCUCUUCCUGCACAGGAAACAGUAGCGAGUGCCCUCCCCCUGAAAACGCUCCAGACAACACGGUGUGCGUCGACAGCGGUCAAUGUCGCAACGGAGAAUGUCACCCGUUCUGCGAGGCCAUACAGAACAGUCACUCUUGUGCUUGUAAUGAGACUGACAACUCCUGCAAAGUGUGUUGCAAGGACAAAAAUGGUUUCUGCUCUCCUGUCACCCAGGCUGACGGCAGCUUUCUUUACCUGCGGAAGGGCAAACCCUGCACUGUGGGCUUCUGCGAUGGGAAUGGGAAGUGCAUGAAACAAGUCCAAGAUGUGAUUGAGAGAUUGUGGGAUUUUAUCGACAAGCUGGAUAUAAACACGUUUGGAAAGUUCUUGGCUGAUAACAUAGUGGGUUCCGUCGUGGUGUUUUCCCUCAUCUUCUGGAUUCCUCUCAGUAUCCUUGUUCAUUGUAUGGACAAACGUCUUGACCAGCAGUACGAGGAGAGCAAAAGGGUCUUUUAUUCCACUGGAAAUCAGAUGGUGGAGGUUUGUGGUAAAGCUCCAGCUGCAGUGCCCAGAGACGGCGAGCAGCUUCGAGCCAAUGCCUCCGCGCCUCGUCAAGCUUCCCUUGUCCUCCGCUGGUCGGACCGGGCAGUCCUCCCAACAAGCUCCGCUGCUGAGCCCCGCCUGGGCAACCUCAACGGCCAGCGCCAGUACCCAGGACCCCGGCCCGAGCUUCGCCAGCCACCCGGACUGCGCCGCGCUGAUGCGAAUGGCCACCAUCCAGGAGGACACCAGCGACUCCCAGCCGGGAGAGGAGGGCGAUUUCACAACCGCAGGAGCCUCCUCGUCGGCUACGAAGUCCUCCUUCGAGGAUCUGACCGGACAGAACCCGACAGCAAAGGAGCGGUGGCGCCUCAAGAGACAGGACUGCAUUGACACUAAAGAGACAGAUUGCUGAGAGAAAAACAAGCGUCUCUUUUUUGAUUCCACCUCAGAUGAAAUCAUUUGUGGGUCAGAUUUUAAUUUUCUUUACUCAAUUUCUGGUGAAAAUGUAAUACCUCUUGCUUUAUUUGUGCCUUUUUUCUUCAUUUGAAGACUUGAAAUGUAUAAGAUGUCUCUUUUUUUUGGAUAGAAACUACAGCAAACAUGUUUUAACUUUGUUUAAUGUUUUUUUAUGGAUGAUUCUGUUGACUGCAUAAGUCCACGACUACUUUCCACAAUACUUCCUGCAUAAUUUCUCUCAAAUGUGGAACAGAAAGUCACUUGAAGUAAUCACCUUUGAUCCAAUUUCCAUUGUUUUUUUUUUUUAGUGCUACUUUUGAACCGUUUAAUGCUGUUUCACACUAACUUCAUAACAAUAUGCUAAUUGUAGGUCAAGAAAAAUCCCAGUUGCAAGUUUAUGAGAUGGAUGUAAAAACAUCUGAAUUGUUGUAACUCCUGUUAGUUUUAUAUUUGUAUGUUUCUUUGAGAUCUUCAUUAAAUACACUUUUCAAAUAAA